UGAAGGCUUCGGCAUUCUUUCCUGUUUUUUGAGAUGUUAUGGUCCCCGAAGCUCUCCCUAUCGAACAUCCACGUGCGCCUGACAGCCAAGGGUUUACUCCGAAACCUCCAGCUCCUGUCAGGAUGCAGGAAGAACACUGUGGUCUUCCACGCAGUGGACAAGAACAAACUGAAGGCUGGCUCUCGCCAGCAGCAGCCUCAGCAGCAAGUAGCUCAAGCAAGUGGGCUCCCAGGUCUGGUUCCCGCUGAUGCCACGGAGGACUACCAUGCACGGUGUGAGAGGAAGGACCAGAACCUCCAGCCCCUUGGGAGACUCCUGGCUGCUAGUAACUGCAGGUUUGAAGCACUUGCAGUUGUCCUGCAGAAAAUCCUUACUGAGCGUGAUGAAGCCGUAAGGCAGCGCAGGGAGCUGUCCCUGGAGCUGGUGACCGUACGAGGAGAGCUGGUAUGCUCAGUUCACUCAUGUGAGCGUCUUGAGAAGGAUAAGGAGGAGCUGCAGGUUGCUCUGAAGACCAUGCUGCAGAAGUUGCAGGAGCAACAUCAGAAUGACCUGGCUCAGCUGGAGGAGAGACUGCAGGCCUUCUACCAAUCUGAAUGGGACAAGGUCCACCUCACCUACCAGGAGGAGGCUGACAAGUGCAAGGCCCUCAUGGAACAGCAGAUGGAUGAGCUGAAAGCAAAUCAUGAAGCCAUGAAGCUGGAAGUAGAGAUCAGCCAUUCAGAACAAAUCCAGUCUAUUAAACACCAAUAUGAAGACUCUCUGGAAGAGCUCAAGAAGGUUCACAGUGAGGAGCUGCAGAACUUGGACAGAACACUGAAAGAAGCUGAAGCCACUCUAUCAGAACAGAUCCAUGAGCUUACUGUGGAGAAGAGUACGCUCACUGAGAAACUAAAAGCAGAGGAGAGUAGAAGAAGAGAGUUCGCUGAAAAGAAUCAGAAGGACCCUCACACCUUGUAUCUGGAGCAAGAGCUGGAGAGCCUCAACGUGGUGCUGGACAUCAAGACCAAACAGCUCCACCAGCAGGAAAAGAAGCUGAUGCAGAUAGACAAACUGACAGAGAAAACUGUGAAGUUGGAUGAAUGCCUUAAGAAGGUCCAACAGGAGAAUGAGGACCUGAAAGCCCGUAUGGACAGACAUGCUGCUCUGUCAAGACAACUGUCAUCAGAGCAGGCGGUGCUGCAGGAGUCCCUGCAGAAGGAAUCCAAGGUAAACAAACGUCUGUCCAUGGAGAACGAGGAAUUGCUGUGGAAGCUCCAUAACGGAGACAUGAGCAGCCCCCGCAAGCUGUCCCCCUCCUCCCCUUCCCACUCCCUCGGCCUCCAAUCACCUCGGAGCUCGGCCAUCUUCUCAAGCCCGCCUGUCUCGCCCAGAUAACGAUGGCCCCCCGCUUCCAGGAAGCAGACCCUCCUCCUGACUGGACAGAGCUGUUUCCUCUGGAGUCUAGAGCCAUAUGAACUGACUCAUUUAGCAACACAUCCUGCUGAUGGCUCCUCCAGACAGGGAUGAAUACUCUGUUGACUCUGACUCUGCAGACUGUAUGGAGAAAUGACAAUGUUGCACAGAAGCACUUGCUAAGGGAGGCCACCCUUGUUCUUUGCCUUUCUUGUCCAAUGCUAUACAUAGGAAGAGGAAAUCUCAGGACUUCUAAUGCAGCGAUACACUAUUUUUGUUACUCCUCUUUCCUAGUUGCUGGCAUAAGCUUAUCUUCUCAAAAGCCAAACAAACGAGUACAUACACACAUACAUACACAUACAUAUAUGCCCAUGCACACAUAAAUAUACACAUACAAAUGGCACGAGCAAGUUAUGCCUUACGGCUCUGGAGACCAAAGGCAGGGAGAAAUGUGUAGAGAAUCAGCAUGGCUAUGAAUCCAAAUAUCCUUGUCCCCUCUCAGGAUAGGUCUUUUUAUCUGUAUGAAAUUUGACAAAUUGUGAUUAAAAUGUAAAUCCCCAAACAAUUAACAUCUGCACAAAACUGAUGGUUAAGAUUGGUCCACGUUUUCAUCACAUACAACUUCCAUACCACUGCCAGUCUGUACACGCCUUAAUUGAGAUUAAUUUCCGUGAUUCAGUAGAUCUUGUUCAACGCCAACAUUGAGCCCCAUGAUUUUGUAAUGUUUUCCAUUGCAUUCUGCCAUUGUUAAGUUUGUUGAGUUCAUGUGUUGCCUCAAAUGUGUUUUUCAUGUUAAUUAGUUUUGACCAAGGGACCAAUCCAAGUGACUGUUUGUGCAUGUAUGUAACAUCUUGUUGAGCGCACCCACCCCGAACCCUCUUUUGCAGCUUUAAAGACUAGGGGGAGGCUUUGCUCAGAUGUCAGAGACUUGAUCUUGGAAACGUGUCAUAAAGAGUACCUUUGUGGAUGUUGAAAUUUUUUGGUUUGUCGACCCUGUUUAAAAUAUGCAAUUAAUAAAGUCAUGUAUUGUUUGCCACU